AUGGAGAGCGUGCAGAUCCUCCUCUUCGUGGUUGUGCUGAUGGGCGCCGGAACGACACUCUUCCUCAUCCUCUCGGCCUUGCUUAAGGUGUGCGAGUUGAUGCGCGGCAGAACGAUUGACCAAGUGGAGGGCCAGCUUGCGUCAGGACGGUCUGCGAGCCCCGGUCCGUAUAGCUGGCAUGAUGCUCGCCAGCGUGCGGAGGCUGUCAGGCCGGCCGCAGAGCCAGGAAUCGAGAUCCCCUCCAAUGUCCUCCGAAUGUACUCCUAUGCUCGCCGGACGUCCACUUCUGAGGCGAGCGAGUGCGCUCCUGCGCCAUCAGAGGAGGCAGCUGAGGAGGAGCAGGAGGACUUGUGCGCCAUCUGCCUCGAGGAGCUCGUCGUCGGCGAUGCGGCGGCGGGACUGCCGUGCUCGCACAGCUUCCACGAGACCUGCAUCCGGAAGUGGCUUGCGACGCAGCGCGGCUCGCACCGGCGAAUGACUUGCCCCGUCUGUAAGGCCAGCGCGGCUGAGCGGACGACGCCAGCGCCUCCGGACGCCGAUCACGUCAGGGUGCAGGUUAGGGGUAUGUCGCUCGUUGUGGUGCACCUGCCCCCCGAGGGCGGAGCGUGA